AAUUGUAUCAUAAUAUUAUCUAUAACUUCAUAUUUUUUUUUAGCUUCCUCUAUGACGCAAUCACAUGCGAUUCCAACAGUGAGUGCAACUGCAACGUCAACAAAAGCAAUGCCAUUAUUGGAAACGAUAAAUUCUGAGAUAACUGCGGAAAGUUUUAAAAUUCCUAUAUCAAAAGUUGAGCCACGUGCUAAUAUCGAAAAAGCAUCAUUACCGUUUGAGGAAAUUCCUGGCCCAAUGAUCCUGAAAUUAUGGGAAAAAUAUUGGAAAUACGUGCCACUCUUGGGUACGCAACUGUUUUGCAGUUUACUAAUCAGCAGGCUUACCCAGGGUCGAUUAUCAUGGAAUCGCAAUGUCACACCAAUUAAGUUCUUGUUUGAUGAAUAUGGAUGUAUCGUACGAAUUAACGGACCACUUGUGAAUGAUAUAGUUAUGAUUCACCGACCCGAGCAUAUAGCAGAAGUUUUUAAACAGGAAAGUAAAUUACCUAUUCGUAGUGGUAUUGAUAUCCUUCAACAUUACCGCCUUAAUCAUCACAAAUAUCGUUCCGCUGGAGCAUUUUCUCUGCAAAGUUCAGAAUGGUUAGAAGUAAAAAAGAAAGUUGAUCAACCGUUUCAUGAAAUUACUUCUGAUUAUAUUGAAAAACUGGAUUCAGUGUGUGACGAACUUAUUAACAGAAUUCAUAAUAUACGCAAUCGCCAAGAUGAGGUGCCUACGAAUUUUCAUCGAGAACUCACUGCGUGGGGUAUGGAAUGCUUCUAUGUGACAAUGUUUAACAAACACCUUGGUUUUCUUGAUUCUACGUCAAAAUCAACCUCCGAAGCCACAAAAAUUAUUAAUGCAUUAAUCACUGCUCAUACAUAUAUGAGUCGCUGCGAAACUGGAUUUCAGGUGUGGAGAUUCUUUGAAACUCCAUUUGCCAAAAAACUUUAUGCAGCUUGCGAUGUUCUUGAUGAAAUUAUUGGAAAAUAUAUUCGUCAAGCGCAGACUAAAUUGCAAACUUCAUCAAAACAAGAAAAAUCUACAAUUGAAAAAAGAAAUUUGUCAUUACUCGAAAAAAUGAUAAUUCAGCAUAUUGAUCCAAAUGACAUUUCUAUCCUCUUGAUGGACAUGAUUAUUCUAGGCGUUCAAGCUAUCAUUAAUUGCGAGGCGUUUCUACUUUAUUUUUUAGCAAAAAAUCCAAGAAUACAGAAACGAUUGUAUAACGAAAUAAUUUCUAUUUCACCUAAAAUAAAAUAUACUUUGACAAAAGAAAGCUUGGAAAAUAUGCCAUAUUUAAAGGCAUGCAUCAAGGAAAGUCUUCGAUUGCGACCAGCAUUUCCGUAUUUGACGAGAUUGUUGCCUUCGGCAAUUUCGUUACAUGGAUAUACAAUACCGAAAGGAACUUUCGUCAUAAUGGCAAAUCAAAUAACAUCACAACGUGAGGAACAUUUUGAAGAUCCUGAAAAAUAUCAACCAGAACGAUGGUUAAAUUUCGAUGAAUAUGCAUAUAAUAAUUAUCAAGAAUAUUCAUGUCUACCUUUUGGUUACGGUGUACGAUCUUGUUUAGGAAAAAGUAUGGCUGAAACACAGAUGAUGUUACUUACUGCAAAACUGGUACGAGAAUUCACAAUUGAGUACGAUUAUGCAGAAAUCCGAAGUCGAUUUCUUAUGAUAAAUGUACCAAACAGACCUUUACGUUUUCGAUUUGUGAAUAGAAGUUGAAAAAUAAGAAAAACUAUAGAAUUGAGAUAAUCAGAAGAAUGUGAAAAACAAGAU